UUGGAUUUUUUAAGGUUGCAACCUUACAGAAACCACACCCUUGUUUAUAACAAUCGAAGUCUGUUUCCAUCGUGUCGAGCUUCAGGUCUGAGAAAGGGCUUUGUGCUUUUCCUUUUUGUUUUUGCUGAUCUCUAAAGCUUUGAGAAGAUGAAGAACCUGAAGCUUUAUUCAGAGGUUACCCUGGAAUUGGGUUUACAGUCACAGGGCGAAAACGUUACUCUUGCAGCCAUGGACGUUGAACAAAAUCGCAUGUUCUACGCUUCUACUUCCAACUCCAUAUACAUUCUCCAUCUCCAUGGAAAGGACCAGAGCAAGAAUUCAACUUACUUGCCCAUGGUUUCUAUUUUAGAACCCGAGGAUUCCAUUACAGCCAUGGAUUACCUUAUAGAGAAGGAGGCAUUGAUAGUGGGGACAUCACAUGGGUACAUAUUGCUGCUUACCGUGGACUCUGAUGAGACAACUGAAGUUGUUGGCAGGGUAGAAGGUGGUGUCAAGAGCAUUUGUUGCAGUCCAGAUGGAGCUGUUCUCAGUGUUGCAGCUGGCAAUGGACAGUUACUGGUUAUGACCCAAGAUUGGGAUGUGCUUUAUGAAACCAUGCUUGAACAUCCUCAGAAAACGGAUAUUUCAGGAAAGGCAUAUGUUGAUGUUACUGAUGGCUCCACAGAUUCAACAGAAAUUCAAGUAUCUUGGCGAGGAGACGGUAAGUACUUUGCCUCUCUAACUGGAUCAAAGGAUUCCUCUUCCUUGCAACAAGUAAAGAUAUGGGAAAGAGAGACUGGGUCCCUUCAUUCUUCUUCAGAAUACAAGGCUUUCAUGGGAGCAUGCUUGGAUUGGAUGCCUACUGGCGUGAAAGUGGCUGCUGCAUAUGAUAGAAAGGCUGACGAUAAGUGUGCUCUGAUUGUUUUUUUCGAAAGAAAUGGUUUGGAAAGAGGCUCCUUUAGUAUUGAUGAUCCAAAAGAAUCGACAAUUGAGAUGCUGAAGUGGAAUUGCAGUUCUGAGCUUCUUGCUGCUCUUAUCAGGUGUGAAGGGCAUGACAGUAUUAAAAUUUGGUCAUUUAGCAAUAACCACUGGUAUCUAAAACAAGAAUUGAGAUACCCAAAAAGAGAUAGGGUAAAAUUUUUCUGGGACCCCACAAAGCCAUUGCAUCUGAUUUCUUGGACUUUGUUGGCAAAGAUCGCAAGUUACAAUUUCAUCUGGGUAACUUCCGUUUCAGAUAAUGCUGUUGCAUUGGUGAUUGAUAGUGCUAAUGUUCUCUUGUCUCCUCUCUGUCUAUCACUUAUUCCACCUCCUUUCUCUCUCUUCAACUUGAAGUUUCCGUGUUCUGUUCAAGACAAGAGUUUCUUUUGUAAGGAUUCCAAGAGCUGUUUAGCUGUGAGCAUGUCAGAUGGCAAUUUGGGUGUGGUGGAGCUUCCCGUAAUGGAUGUUUGGGAAGAGAUGGAAAACAAAGUAUUUCCUGUUGAUACUUGUUGCUCUGAUACAAUCAUCGGCACUCUCAGGCAUCUUACUUGGUUGGACUCUCACGUUCUUCUUGGGGUUUUACACUCUGAGUCCAGUGAGCCCAAUUCAAGUAUUGAAUUUUCAUCCAUGGAAAAUAAUGGGAUCUCUCUUUCUCAGGGACAAGAACAUUCUUUUGGUUAUUCCUUGCAAGAGAUUGAGCUAGUUUGUUCAGAGAACUCUGUCUCCAACUUAGUCACUUCUUCAAACUGGCAGGCUAAGAUCAUCCAGCGAAUAUUUUUGAAAAGGUCAAUAGUUGCUAUUGUGCCCAAUCCCUUAUCAAAAUGCUCAGCUUUUAUACAGUUUGAUGGGGGAUUCCUUGCAGAAUAUUCUUCAAAAUCAGGAAUGAAAAUGGCUUCCCGGGAGAUAUUAAAGGGAUUUCCAUCAACAUGCCCAUGGAUGAAUGCCAUCCCUGUUUCUGAUAAUGGCACACUGAAACACUUAAUUUUUGGCUUGGACCUUGAUGGGAGGCUUUAUGUGAAUGACAAAAUAUUGUGUGAAAAUUGCACUAGUUUCUCUUUUUAUUCUAGUGCUUCAGGAAUCAUGCAACAGGUUGUGACCCACAUUGUCUUCACCACGAAGCAUGACUUUCUCUACGUCAUGGCUAUGGAUGAAUUGUUAUCUCUCGAAAGCCAUGGCCAUGGAAGUAACAAAAUAUAUGAAGUUGGGGAUCAAGAUGGGAUAAAGAUUUGGGAAAGAGGUGCAAAAGUGAUUGGGGUUAUAGAUGGGGAUGAAGCAGCCAUAAUUAUACAAACUCUUAGGGGUAACUUAGAAUGCAUCUACCCAAGAAAACUGGUCCUCUUAGCAACUGUUAAUGCUUUAGUUGAAGGGCGCUUCAAAGAUGCCAUGCUCAUGGUUAGACGACAGAGACUCGAUUUCAAUAUCAUUGUUGAUUAUUGUGGUUGGCAAGAAUUUCUCCAAAAAGCAGUAGAAUUUGUCAAACAAGUGAAUAAUCUUAGCCAUAUCACAGACUUUAUUUGCUCUAUAAAGAAUGAAAAUGUCAUGGGUUCCCUUUACAAGAAUGCUCUACUUCCCCUUUACCCCCCAGGGAGUAAAACAGUGGAUGUAGAAGAUUCUAAGGUUGAGAGUGUAAAUAACAAAGUGACUUCUGUUCUUGAGGCCAUCCAAUUGGCCCUUGAAGAACAACUGCCUGAGAGCCCCACAAGGGAGCUUUGCAUAUUGACCACUUUAGCUCGUAGGCUACCCCCUGCCCUUGAAGAAGCAUUGAAGAGGAUUAAAAAGAUUCGAGAAAUGGAAUUGUCAGCAUCUUUAGAUGAGAUUGGGAGUGCUCAAAGAAAAUCUCUUCCUUCUGCAGAAGAAGCUUUAAAGCAUCUUUUAUGGUUGUCUGAUUCAGAUGCUGUUUUCGAAGCUGCAUUAGGCCUCUAUGAUCUGAAUCUUGCAGCCAUUGUCGCAUUAAACUCUCAGAGGGACCCAAAGGAAUUUCUUCCCUUCCUUAAGGAGCUUGAAAGCAUGCCUCCUGCUCUUAUGCUGUAUACAAUUGAUCUUAGGCUACACAGGUUUGAGAAGGCGCUUGGAAAUAUCAUCUCAGCUGGUGAUGCUUACUUUGAGGAUUGCUUAAACCUCAUAAGAAACAACCCCAAACUGUUUCCCCUUGCUCUUCAACUUUUCACUGAUUUAUCCAAUCGAAAAAAGGUUUUCGAAGCCUGGGGUGAUCAUUUAAGUCGUGAAGAAUUCUUCGAGGAUGCAGCUAUGGCUUAUUUGGGUUGUUUGAAUUUGGAAAAGGCCUUGAAAGCCUAUCGCGCUUGUGGAAAUUGGAGGGGUUUGCUUGCAGUUGCUGGGUUGCUAAAACUUGGGGAAGAAGAGAUUCUACAGCUAGCAAAGGAACUAUGUGAAGAGCUUCAAGCAAUGGGAAAACCAGCAGAGGCUGCCAAAAUUGCUGUGGAGUAUUGUGGGGACAUUCAGAGUGGGGUUGGCUAUUUUGUAGCAGCAAGGGAGUGGAAUGAAGCUCUGAGAAUUGGGUUUCUUCAUAAGAGAGAAGAUUUAUUAAUGGAGGUUAAGAAUGCCGCUCUUGAAUGUGCAAGCUCACUUGUAUCAGAGUAUGUGGAGGGAGUGGAGAAAGUGGGUAAAUACUUAACCCGUUACCUAGCUGUUCGGCAGAGAAGGUUGGCUCUCGCUGUGAAAUUGCAAUUGGAGGGAAGAUCAGCUGAUGAUGAUGAUAUUGAUGACAAUGCUUCAGAAACCAGUAGCAGUUUCAGUGGAAUGAGUGCUUAUACUCUGAGGAAAGGUAAGGGCUCAGGCGCAUCCAUAAGCUCAAGUGCCGCUAGCAAGGCAAGUGAGCGGAGACGGCAGAGACAUCGUGGGGGGAAAAUCCGUGCCGGAAGUCCUGGUGAGGAGAUUGCCUUAGUGGAUCAUUUGAAAGGCAUGUUGCUGACACCUGGCGCCCAAAGUGAGCUGAGGACACUAUUGAAUGCUCUCUUAAUGCUGGGGGAGGAAGGACCUGCUAGGAAGCUGCAAUGCUCAGCUGAUACCUUCCAAGUGACACAGAUGGCUUCUGCUAAGCUCGUUGAAGAUAGAAUGCUUGAUGAGAGCUUGAAAGAGGAGAAUCACUCUUUGGAGCCCUAUGUGCAUAGAGUAAGAGCUUCAGGGUUGUAUUCUGAGGCUUUCCUAUGGCAGUUGAAAGUUUUGUGUCCUCCUUAGCAGGCCCAUCUCUCCUAUCUAUUGAAUGGUCCUACAGAAGUGUUCAGAUCAUCAUGGUGAGUGAGGCUGUCUGCUGCUGGUGACCAGGGAUCAGAAUGGGCACCGUAUGCUUGAAUUGGAGAUCGGAGAGCUGCUAACUUCUAGAGAUCUUUGCUAAUUGCAAAACUUGGGGGAUGUGGAAAACUUGCCUCCUUAAGCUAAGCUCACCAUUGAUCUGUGUAGCAGCGACAGGAUGAAGGAAAAUUUGUUUAAGUUGCAUGAUUUCUCUGUGGGCACCAUUUUGUGCACUAUUUUGGUUUUGUGAAAAUUUUGUGAAGUUGAGAUGCCAAUGCGUUUCAAGUUAUAUGGUUUAGUACUUCUGUUUAGCGACA